GCUGAUUUCACAAUUUUUGAGAUUUUUUUCCCCCUCAAUUCAACUCUUCUUUUAAUAACAAGGAUUGAAAAAUCAGUCAAAAGAAUAAACUAUGGUAGUGAGAACUUACAAUGAUGAAUUGUCCUAUCUGGAAAAGGUUGGAACACAUUCAUGGAGAAUUAAGAAAGGCUUUGUUCCAAACAUGAAGGUUGAAGGUUUAUUUUAUGUCAAUACACACUUGGAGAAACUGAUGUUUGAUGAGUUAAAACAGUCCUGUAGGUCACAAGGUUAUGGAGGUUUCUUACCUGGAAUGAAACAGAUUGGAAAUGUGGCUGCUUUACCAGGAAUUGUGGGAAAAUCUAUUGGCUUACCUGAUGUACACUCAGGAUAUGGAUUUGCUAUAGGUAACAUGGCUGCUUUUGAUUGUGGGGAUCGUGAUGCUGUUGUGUCACCAGGUGGUGUUGGAUUUGAUAUCAAUUGUGGUGUAAGAUUGUUGAGAACAAACCUGUGUGAAAAAGAUGUAAUUCCUGUGAAAGAACAGUUAGCUCAAUGUUUAUUUGAUCACAUUCCUGUUGGUGUCGGAUCCAAAGGCAUCAUUCCAAUGACCGCUAUGAAUCUAGAGGAAGCCUUAGAAAUGGGGAUGGAUUGGUCCUUGAGAGAAGGCUAUGCAUGGGCUGAAGACAAAGAGCAUUGUGAAGAAUAUGGAAGGAUGUUACAGGCUGACCCUUCUAAGGUCAGCAGUCGGGCCAAGAAAAGGGGUCUCCCACAGCUUGGAACUUUGGGUGCAGGCAAUCAUUAUGCAGAGAUUCAAGUUGUAGAAGAAAUAUUCAACCCGUUUGCUGCUAAAAGAAUGGGAAUAGAUUUCAAAGGACAAGUGUGUGUUAUGAUCCACUGUGGAAGUAGGGGAUUAGGUCAUCAGGUGGCUACAGAUGCCCUUGUUGCCAUGGAAAAGGCUAUGAAGCGUGACAAGAUUGAUACAAAUGACAGACAGCUGGCUUGUGCAAAAAUCAACUCUGUAGAAGGUCAAGAUUACUUGAAAGGCAUGGCAUCAGCUGCUAAUUAUGCAUGGGUCAACAGGUCAAGUAUGACCUUUUUAGCUAGACAGGCAUUUGCCAAAAUGUUUAAUACUACACCAGAUGAUUUAGAUAUGCAAGUUAUUUAUGAUGUUUCACACAACAUAGCUAAAUUUGAAGAACAUUAUCUUGAUGGAAAACAAAAAACAUUACUGGUUCAUCGAAAAGGUUCUACACGUGCCUUCCCUCCACAUCACCCAUUGAUACCAGUAGACUAUCAGCUGACUGGACAACCUGUUCUGAUUGGUGGAACAAUGGGAACCUGUAGUUAUGUGUUGACAGGAACUGAACAAGGAAUGGUGGAAACUUUUGGCAGCACAUGCCAUGGAGCAGGAAGGGCUCUGUCUAGAGCAAAAUCUCGUAGAAAUCUUGACUACACAUCUGUAUUAGCUGCCCUUGAAGAGCAGGGGAUCAGUAUACGAGUGGCAUCACCUAAGCUUGUUAUGGAGGAGGCACCAGCAUCUUACAAAAACGUAACAGAUGUUGUUGACACAUGUCAGGCAGCAGGCAUUAGUCAGAAAGCUAUCAAACUUCGACCGAUUGCUGUAAUCAAAGGAUGAUUUAGGCUUACAGUUACUUGGCAUAAAUGGUGCUGGUGGUAGAUCAAUCCAAGCUUGUGUGAUAUAGACCUCAUCGAAACAUUGUGCAAUGUUGAAAUGCAAAGAUGUGUUCCAUUUCAUGAUAUUAUCUAAAUGUGUUAAUAUUCCUUUUGAUCUGGUAUCUAAACUCGAAGGGCAACAUCACUACCUUUACAUCAUGUAUACGAAAGAAACUUUUAGUUCUCCAGUGUUCUUCGUACUGAAUUGACCUCUUGUGUGUUGCUCAUGCACCAUAUUAUCCAGGAAAUCUCCAGUGUUCUUAAUAAAUUGACCUCUUGUUUGUUGUUCAUGCACCUUAUUGACAAAGAUAAUAAUCCUGUAUAAUCCAUUUGUAUCAUCUGAUUUAUACAGGCAAUUUCACGUAAAUAUCCUGUGAACUUUUCAUAUUUAGUAUUUAGAGAAGUAUAUCACAAGUAACCAUCAUGUAAAUUUUACAAUAGAUAUUUUCGGUUUUAUGAGUGUACGCAUGAACAUUAUGUGAAUUAGCUUAAUCAUCUAAUUUUUGUAUCAAAUUUUAAAAAUUAUGAGCUUUUUUAAAAAAAAACAAGAACAAUUAAUCCUGGAAAAUUAUUGAUUUAAAUUAACUUAAAAUUCAUGUAAAGUUAAUGUUCACUGACAGCUAAAUUUGUUGUGAAUUUACAUGCUAUUUUCAAUGUAAAAUCUCAUUUCUCAAGAAAUUCACACAAGUGAAAAAGAAUUUGUAUAUAAGUCAAGCAUGUUACUUUAAAAUAAUAAUAUUUAUCAGAUUUGAAUGAGUUUUUGUAAUCAGUUGUUAUUUUCGGAUAUGAUUAAUAGUGAAAUAUAACAAGAUGAAAUACAUUUACAUGAACAAUCUGGGAUUUUGAGAUUCAGUUUCUAAUCUCUUUUUUAAAUUUGAUGGAUAGUUGUCUCAUUGGUAAUUAUAGCAUAUCUCCUAAUAUUUAUGUUUUAUACGUAAAAAAAAAUUUUGAAAAAAAAUUGAUAUUUAUGUAAAAAGUGUAAUUGUUUAGAAAUCCAUGAGUGUGAACACAAUCUUGUGCACAUUGGCACACUUUAUAACAAGACUUUGUUUACCAAUUCCAAGAUCCUUAUCCAUUUUGUAUUGUAAAGAACAAUCACAAAUUGUUGAUAUAUAAAAGAAGUUUUGUUGAGGCGGUGAUAUCUUUGGUUAGUUCCAAUUUGUUACAUCUGAUGUAGUUCACUUCACAUUUUUGUUAUGUCUCUUUGUCUGUAUGUUUAAAACCUGUUUAAGGUAAAAUUAAAUCAAUUAGAAAACAAAAACUAAUCCAAGUCAUGGGGGGAGGGGGGGUCUCAACAUACAAAUUUUGGUACAGACGUCCAGCUGUGGUUUGUUACACAUCAAUUACUUUGUUCAACCUUCAUGGAAGGUUGGGAUUGACUUUGGGGGUUAUGGCCAGGAACAAAUACUUAAGUAUUAGUCAAUGGAUCUCUAUAAAAUUGUACCACAAGGUUCCAUACCACACACAGAAAGUUGGGGUCGAUUUUGUGGGUUGUGGCUUUAAUCGUUAAGAAACUAGAGGCCAAAUAGGGGCCAAAAACAAGACUUUUCUAAUUCUGGCUAAGCUGGUUCUAACAUAAAUUAUUUCUGAUCUAUAUAAAGAAACAAAAAAUACUGAUAUGGCAGGAGAUACACAUCAAACAGGGUGUGUAAAUUGUUAUAUUUAGUUUGUAAACAGAUUUACUAAGUAUUGCCCAACAGCAAAGUAUUGCACAACAGCAAGAAAUCUUCAGUUGAAAAUAAAUACAAAUCUUUUAACCAAUUUCAAUGAGGAUUAUUUUAAAGUCUUGAAUUGUUUGAUGUUUUUAUCAUGUAUUACUAUAUUGGAUAUUUGGACAUUUUUAAAUAGGUCUACAUUGAGGUCCAAAGGGUCCAAUAUUAGACUUUAUUUGAUUUCAUCAAAAACUGAAUUCUUGUGGUUCUAUGAUAUGCUGAAUCUAACUGUGCAUUCAGAUUUUUAAUUUUGGGUCCUGUUUUCAAAUUAGUCCAUAUUAAGGUCCAAAGGGUCCAAAAUUAAACUUUGUUUGAAUUCAUUUUUUUUUUUAUAUGCUGAAUCUAACCAUGGAAUUAAAUUUUGGAUAUUGGACCAUUAAGUAAAUUAAAUGUCCCAUUUCAAAUUUUUCAGUUAUCUGAUCACAUUUAUUCUGUGUCAGAAAUCUAUAAUGUGUCAAAUAUUUAAUCACUAUCCAAAUUCAGAGCUGUGUCAAACUUGAAUAUUGUGUCCAUACUUGCCCCAACUGUUCAGAGUUCGACCUCUGCGGUUGUAUCCAGCUGCUCCAGGCGGAGCGCAUUUUUUACAGUUAACAUUGAAAGACAGUCUGGGAUAAAAAAAAAUUUACAUGAUAAAUUUGUGUUUCAUGUAUUGUUAUGAAACUUGUAUCUUCAAGACCAAAAAAUAGCAUCUAAAGAAAAAGUUGAAUAUUUUUUUUAAUUUUGUAUUUUGCUGAUAAAUGGACUCACUUUUUAAGUUAACAUUACACUUUAACACUGACAGCAGCAAUCGCAGGUGAGACACAGGGUUCCGCCGAACCCCUUAUGAAUUUUAUAUAUUUCUCAGCUAUUAUGACAUCUUAUUUAGACAUUAACUACAUAAGAUCGUUCAUAUUAUUAGAUAAAGAGAUCAGAACACAUUUUUUACAUACAUCUUUAUAGAAGAUGAACAUUUAUGACUCAUUGACAUGUAAAAACCUACCCAUUGAUACAUUACCUCCGUGAAAUUGCACCCCAUUGGUAUGGUUGACAUUCCAAAAUAGUGACUCAUACCAGUGGUACGUCUGUGUAAACCUUUAUAUAGGAAGAGAGUCCCCCCCCCCCCCAAAAAAAAAUGCCAAAAGUACUCAGCGAAGUAUAAAAAAAUUAUUCAAACACUCCAUUGAUAUAUUUUAAUAUUGAUUUUAUUUCUUCCUUUUUAUAAAACUACUGCAAGGUAAAUUUUGUAUACUGUGGAUUCAUUAUUAUUCGUUGGAUACCAAUUUUCGUGGAUUUCGUGGUUACCCUUAAACCACGAAUUCCAAUGUCUAACGAAUUACAAAUUUUCUAUAGGAAUGUAUGCAGACUUUGGAAAAACCACGAAAUCAAAUGUCCACGAAAAUGCAAGUUUUCCUCAAUCCACGAAAAUUGGUACCCACGAAAAUAAAUGAAUCCACAGUAUCUAGUUACUUUUGACCUGACACAUAGUUUUGCUACAUUAGUGCUAAUUUGUUAUAUUGUUUUUGUUAGAAGAUUGGUACACUAACAAGAAGGAAAUAUUGUUUUUAUUACUGCAUGUAAAUUCAGAAUUUUUUGCCAGCAUUUAUUAUUACCAUUUAUGAAGAAUGGGAAAUUUAUCAUUCCAACAUUAGUAAAUGCAGCAUACAAAUAAUACUAUCAAAUUUUUUUUAUCAGUUUUAUUUUUUGUGAUACCUAUUUCAUCACAAUUUUUACAAUAAUAAAAACAUUGAAAAAUUUCUGAAUUUACUGUAUUGUACAAUACAAUUAGUGGCCAUCAUCUGUAGCAUAAUAGAAUGUACAAGUAUAACUACAUAUCAAAAUCAUGUGACAUUAAAUUCAUGUAUUGUGGGACUUGCACAGGAGUUAUAAUGGGAUUUGAAUCCCAGUUGAAUUUAUUUAAGUUAUUAGAUGUUGUCAUGAAAAGCAUAAAGAAAUAAAACUAAUUCAAUUUA